AUGCUCUUUCAGGCUGCAUUACCUCUCCUGACAAUGCUCUAUCAGACUGCAUUACCUCCCCUAACAAUACUCUGUCCGAGAAAUGCGUCGCAAAAAGAGACUGAUAAAUCCAAUGUUAAGCCACAGGAGCCGGGAGCUAGUGCUGUGACAACAGAAGAUUGGGAUCCAGCCAAAAAAACAUUUACUGAACAGCAAAAGGCGGAAUAUACGGCAUUUCAGGAAGAGCAAGCUCAUCUUAUUAAAUACAUAAAGGAAAAAGAAAUUUUAUUGCAAAAGAAGGAAGAAGUAAAAUUGAGUCCAGAAGAUGUUUUGAAGGCAAAAGCUAUUGUUGGUCAUAUUGACAUGGAAUGUCCGUCACAAGCAAAAAUUGUCCGUAUCUUUACCAGCAGCACAUUUACAGAUACAAAACAAGAGAGAAACAUGUUGAUGAAGUUUGCCUACCCCAAACUAAAGGAGUAUUGCCGGAAAAUAGGUUACGAGUUCCAAGUGGUAGACAUGAGGUGGGGGAUCCGAGACGAGGCUACUGACGAUCACAUGACAACGGAACUUUGCCUCAAAGAGUUGAAACUGUGCCAGAAACUCUCAACCGGACCAAACUUUGUU